AUGAUAACAAUUAUUUCCAAAGACAAUGUGAGGAUUAACAUUUCAAAAUAAAUCGUCGACCUAGCAAAAGGAUUAGAGCCUUAUUUAAUUGACUAAGAUAUAGUGUUUGAAGAUAUUGUGACUGGAGAUUUUUUAUAAGCAUUGAAAUUGUUUUAUGAAGAAUUCUAAUUCGAUAUUGAAAAAAUGAAAUUCCCUAAGCCCAUGUAAUUGAAAGAAAAUGAAAAAGUUUUUGGCAAGGUCUUAUUGGAUCAUUUUAAACCCUUUUUGGAUAUUGCAAUCAGAGAUAAAAACAUUGACAUAUUUAUUCAAUUUAUCCGAGGUGCUCAUUUAUUCUAAGCGAAACAUUUUAUCGAAUUUAUUAAUUGUUGUUUAGCAAUGACUAUAUAGUUCAAGGGACAGUCCGAAUAUGACAUAAAAUAAUUUCAAAAGGAUUGGAAUCUGUCUGAUUCAUAUCAAGAAUCCUCCUUUAAUUAAAUAUUUUUUUAGAAACUAUAGAAUAAAUAUAUUUAAGCAUUAUCUACAAAGGAUGGGGAAUAAUAAGUACAACAACAAGUGGAAUUUGAUGAAGAUGUAUUUAGCGAUGGAUGGUGAUUUUGACAAUCAAUUGAUAAGUAAAUUAUAAUAUAAAUCUACUCAA